UCUACCAUUAUCAAAACCGAAUAUUUAUUUAUUAAUUUUGAAGUCGGGCAUUUAGUGGAGGGAAGAAGAAGAGAGCGUCAAUGGCUUCCUCAUCCCUUCCCCUUCUUCCCCAACCAUUUGCUCGAAUUCCAUCCUCUACCUUUCACUCCUCUGAAAUUUCUUCUAAUCUUCACAACAAUGUCCGAUUCACUUCCCUCGUCCACAAAUCUCCAACUUCUCUAACUGCUCCGUCUUCCUCGUCUUCUUCCACUUACUCUCCACUUCUUCGCAAAUCCAUCGCAUUUGCCGCCUCCAUUUCCCUUCUCAUGUGGCCCACUCCAGCGAAUGCCGGAUUUCUAUCGGGAUUCUCUGGAAUCGAAUCGGUUCCUGGUCCGGAAUUGCCUCAAAUCGACUUUCUCAAUCGCUUCAAUGAAGAAAAUCAGAAGAAAUACGCGGAAUUUGAUGCCAGAUUCAAAUCAUCUCCACUGCUGAAAGAACUUCUAGAGCGAUCGAAGAUGAACAAGGAAAAGAACCGUCAGAAAAUUGUUGAGAAAUAUUGCAUCCGUGGUGCCGAAUGGGGAGUUGGAGAUUGCUCGGCAGAGGGAAUGUCGCCGGAGGAGAGGGACAAAUUCAUCGCAAUGUUGAAGCAAAAGGCUGGAGUGGAUGAUUGAACUGAACUAUGAAUGAAUUUGUGUUGGGGAUUCCGAGCAACCAAUUUGAAUGUUGUUUUUUCACAUUCAUCACAAGGAAGGAUUAGCAGAGUGUGAAGAAAUCAAAGCAAAAUGAGGUCUCUACUAUCUACUCAGUGAUAAAUCCUUUCAUCAUUGUGUUCAUUAAAGGCUUACUUUUCAACACUUAAACUAAGCCUUCAACCUAAUGCCUUUCUAUAAACUUCUGGGUUACAUUAGUUGAGUUAUGAACUAUUGUUUAUAAAUAGGUAAUAGUGAUUUUAAUUAAUUAAUAAUUAUAAGGUUUUUUAGGCA